GUCACUGGAGCAGAGCGCACCAGCGGCGGCGGCUUCUGGAGUCCCCGCCCCAGCGCGAGUGUCUGGGCGGCCGGCAGCCGGCGGGCAGCGCUGUAGUAGCGAGCGGCGCGGAGCGGGCAGAAGGAGCAGCGCGCUGUAGUGGGGCUCGGAGGCUGCUGCGCUCGGGCGAUGCGUCUCGCCAAGUCCCUGUGAGUGACUGCGGCCGGGGGAUUAGGAGAGCCUAGACGAAGGCAAAACUGCCCCCCCCCCCGCCUCGGUUAUUUGGAAAAGGAGGUGACAAUCAGUGCCGAAGCCUACGGCGGCUGCAAAGCACACAGCCUCUCCGGUGGCGAGAAGAGCGGCAGUGGGAAGAGGAGGGGGAGGAGGAGGCAGAGGACGAGGCGCGGGGCGCUCUCUGCCCCCGGACUGGGCCAUGUCGUCCGCCGCGGUGGCCGUGGCUGCUGCCUCCCGCAGGCAAUCGUGCUACUUGUGUGAUUUGCCUCGCAUGCCCUGGGCCAUGAUCUGGGAUUUCACAGAGCCCGUCUGCAGGGGCUGCGUCAACUACGAAGGGGCCGAUCGGGUGGAGUUCGUCAUCGACACGGCUCGCCAGCUGAAAAGAGCGCACAGCUUCCAGGAGGGCCGGGCCGCGGCACCUCCGCCGCCCCAUACCAAGCAGCAGCCCCCGCCGCUCAGCGCCAAGGAGAUGCACUCGGCGGCGGCUGCAGCCGAGGCUGCGUCCCGCGCCCCGCAGCAGCCUCACGAGCGCUACUCGCUGGCAGCCGCAGCCCCCUCGGAGCGGCCGCCGCCGCGCCUGGGAGCCGAAUAUGGAGGCAGCAGGCAGGUGAACGGCAUCCUGGUGCCCAACGGCUUUUCCAAGCCCGAGGAACCGCCCGAGCUCAACCGGCAGAGCCCCAACCCGCGGCGGACGCACACCGUGCCCCCGACGCUGGUGCCCCUCAUGAAUGGAGCCUCCUUGCCCGCCGCCAUCAGCAUCAAUAGCCGGGCGGCGGCCGCCGCAGCAGCCUCCUUGGCGGCCAUCUCCGGAGCCCCGGCCCCGCUGCAGGUCUCGGUCUCGCAGGCGCCGCAGAGCCAGCAGCAGUCGGGGGAGGCGGCGGGGCACAAGCGGCCCGGCUCGGUCUCUUCGUCGUCUUCGAGCAGCGGCGGGGGCGGCGGCGGAGCCAGCGACCUGGAGGGCAAGGAGAAGGGGCAGCAGCAGGCGCGGGGCUCGGCCGACAACCUGGACCAGCUGGGGGUGGAGAGCAAAAGCCGAGCGGGAACAGUGGCCACCGGCUCGGAGCAGGACUGGGUGAGCAAGCCCAAGACGGUGCGCGACACCCUGCUGGCCAUGCAGCACGGCGGCCACGCGGUGCCCUACGAGAGCAAGUUCAAGAAGGAGCCCGGCAUGGCGGGCGGGCGGCUGCUGGGCUACGAGAGCAACGGGGCCAUGGCCAAAGCAGGGGCACGGGCAGCAAGGAAGAGAAAGACUUCUCCCGAGCCAGAAGGGGAAGCUGGACCUCCUAAAAUCAAUGGAGAGGCACAACCUUGGUUACCAACCUCCUCAGAAGGGAUGAAAAUAACAAUGGCAGCUGCAUCUUUCAUGAAUCCACCACCGCCAACUGCUUCACCUCAUUCUAACCGGACCACACCACCGGAGGCAGUCCAGAAUGGCCAGUCCCCUAUGGCUGCACUCAUUUUAGUCGCAGACAAUGCUGGAGGCAACCAUGCCUCCAAAGAUGCCAACCAGGUUCACUCUACCACACGGAGGAAUAGCAGUAGCCCACCCUCUCCAUCUGUGAACCAAAGAAGGCUGGGCCCGAACAGGGAGGUGUCAAGUCAAGGAGCAAACGCUGGAGGGAUGGAGCCAGUGCACCCAGCCAGCCUCCCAGACUCUUCUCUGGCAGCCAGUGUCCCCCUGUGCUGCACUCUGUGCCAUGAGCGCCUGGAAGACACCCACUUUGUGCAGUGCCCUUCAGUCCCAUCUCACAAGUUUUGCUUCCCUUGCUCCAGACAAAGUAUCAAACAGCAAGGGGCUAGUGGUGAGGUGUAUUGUCCCAGUGGGGAGAAGUGCCCUCUGGUGGGUUCCAAUGUCCCUUGGGCCUUCAUGCAGGGUGAGAUUGCAACCAUUCUUGCAGGUGAUGUGAAAGUGAAAAAAGAGAGAGACUCAUGACUUCCAGUUUCAGUGCAACUUCCCCCUUAACUAAAACUGCUUGAAUUGUAUAUACCUAUAAAUAUCUAUAAAUAGCUCUCUAUAUAAAUAUAUAUAUAUCUCCAAGACAAGGGAAAUGUAGACUUCAUAAAACAUGGCUGUAUAAUUUUGAUUUCUUUUUUGAAUACAUUGUGUUUCUAUAUUUUUGAAGACAAAAGGUAUGUACUUAAAAAAAAGCAUUUCCUUUUUUUUGUUAUCGCAACUCUUUGUUGUGCUUCCUUGGUGACAGUUACUGUUCAGUGUAGGCUGUGACUUGCGCUGCUUUUUUUUUUACAGAGCACUUGGCAAACCAGAAAUGGCUUCUAGUUGUAUUUGUAUGCACUUGUCUCCCUCCUUUUUUAAAAAUGCCAAAUACAUCUUCUGACAUUGUAAAGAUUGCCUUACUGUCUGUGAUUCCUUAUUUUUGUCCUUAACUUCUUCGAGCUGGAGGCAUGCAGGUUUUAGACUAUGAACAUGGGAUUAAAAGUUGUUUGUGGGAUUAAUUUGGGAAUGCCACUUAAUUUAGCUCAAAUGCAGGUGAAUGUGAGAAAGCACAAGGGGUUUCUUGUGGGAGCUGAGUUCCCUUGUUGCAGCUGCAAAAAUGGUCAGAUUCUUGGAGUGGCUUGUUUCUAGAAGGAAGUUUCCUCCAGAGCACUAUGGGAAGUGAGGCGCUGUUGCAUUAGGAUUUUGACAAGGUUUUUUUUUUCUUAAAAGGCAGAGUUGACCAUGGUUCAAGUGGUUGAUUGUAAGAUUGCAAAACUGUAUUUAUUCAUUGAUUACAAAAUUUUUAUGCAGAAUUUUUGAGAUAGAUUUGAAUACUGCAUAACCAUAUAUUAGUGCGGACAGAAUACCACUGCCAUCUUUUAAACAAAUUGGUACCUUUCAGCAGCAUUCAGUGUUGCAAUUUUCUUCAUAUUUGUUUGGAAAAAACUGAGGUAGGGUUUUUAAUAUGGUGCAGGUGGACUUUGAACUUACUUACUAGGGUCUAUUUUGUUUUUAUAGCUGACAUCAUAUUAUCAAGUAGUGGCAGAUCCCAAUGUUGGAGGUUUUGCCAGGCUUGCUUAUGUUGACAGCAUAAAGAAGAAUGGAAAUUUUUACCUGAAAUUUCUUAAUACAUCUGUUGGGGAAACAUUUAUUUCUCAUUUAAAUAAAAUGACUUGGAAUUUAAGUCAGUUGGACUUUCAUGUGGGCAUGCCUUGCCUUUUAGACUACUUUCAAGAAUUCUUUUGUAAUAUUACUAUUUUGAUCACACUUUUUUGCAUUAGGCAGCAGACAUUUUUAACCAAUAAAUCAUCAGUUACUAGAAAUAGUUAAGCCUUACUGUAGUGUUUUUGUGCUGUUGCAGUUGUGUUAGCAACACUGCUGUGCAACUCCUUGUAGUUGAGUGUUUAUAAUAUGGUCACAAGCAACUGUUUGAAGCAGGAAGAUGGUUAUAAGGUCUCUCAUCUCUGUGGCAAAUAACACUAUACGUUUUGAUGUUGAAAGAAUCUGUACGACUAAGUUUUAACAGUUUUGGAUGCUGUUUGGUCAGACUGUUUUUAUGUAAUAAUGUUCAGACUGCUUUUUAAUGCAGAAUAGAUUUUGGUAGAUUUUCUUAAAUGGUCAUGACAUUUGAAAAUCCAAACUGCACAUGCACAGUAACUUUUCUUUAUGAAAUGUUUUAAUAAGCACACCCACUAGCAUUGUGUUCCAUAUUACAGGUCAGUGUAAUAUUAAAUAACAAGAUUUGCAUGAUAAAUCAAUUCAUUACUCUUUAAAAUGAUAGAAAUACAUAUAGUCCAGACUGGUGUCUUCUGUAAACACGUUAAGACAGUUUGAGAAAAAGAAACGCACAUAUAUACAACUGUAAAGGAUUCUUUGGAACCACUAUAAUAUGUGGAAAUGUGUAUUUAGGCACUUUAUUAAAAUUGGAAUUUGAAUUGAUAGAUGGUAAGAAGUUCUUAAAAAUCUCUCUUGACAUAAUACCUCAUGUAUUAUACCAAUUUGUACAAUGGAGAAUUUGUGUUCUAAGUAAGAUAAUAUCCCUACUAAAAUUUUAUGAAAAGUUCAAUGUGAUGUCUGGCAUGUAGUUCAGAUUUGACCUUCUUGAGUUGAAGUGGGACAAUAACUUCUUUCUGGCCACCGUUAUUCAAGAAUAUCAAGAAAUUAAGAGGCAUUUACUUUGCAUCGUCAGCCCCUUUUAUUUACACUUACUCUUUAAUAAGUGUAUUCAUAUAUUGUAGCCCAGUGAUAACUCUCU